UAUAACCCUCGGUUAAUAGUUUACCAGUUCUCCAUAAAAAAGAGAAGUAUAUAUUGCAUCAUGAUCAUGAAUAGUCAAAAUUUCACAUUACUUCAAAUUUAAUUGUAAUCCAGAGGCGUUUGUGAGGACAGAUACAGUUUUUAAAGCUAUAGGAAUCAGUCUAAAAUCUUGGUUCGAAAUUCCGGACGUACUAGUUCAAAUGAAACUAGUAAUGAAUACAGCAUUCAUCAGUCAGUGCACGCAGUGCCCGUGGCGGUGUAGUGUGACGAAAAGAUCCUAAUAUUCUGGCUUGUAUUGAUCAACAAAUAAGAAAUCGUCUCUCAUACGGGAGGCGGCCGCCAUCUCGGCGGCAGACACGGGAUGUGCUGCGGCUAUACGGCUACUGCUGGGAACACAGGGCGUCGCACAGAAGGAGCUGGGAACCGUAGCUUUCAAACGAUACCAACACAUGGACCCAGUACUCAGGACGAGUGAUUGAACUUUCCCAAAAAUGCGGUCUUCUCAGUCUAAGGGGUCUGGGCCCAGACAGCAGAACCAGUCAAAAGCAAGUAGUGGAAGAAGCUCCCAGUCACAAAACAGGGCAGGUUCCCAAGCCGGAAGAGGGCGCGGAAGAGCCUGCAGUCACCCACAGGGGGCUUCUUCUGGAUCACUGGGUGGUGGGGCACAAAGAACACCCCCUGGGAAUCCAGCCACAAGUGUGACCCCCCCCAACUUGCGAGGACAAAGUUUGUCUUUCUAUGGGAGACCCAGUCGUCCACAAGGUUAUUCUCAUCAGUCAGGGGAUGGGAAACCGUCAGUGGAUGGUGGAGCGCAAAGAAAUCCCCCUGGGAAUCCAGCCACAAGUGUGACCCCCCCCACCUUGCAAAGACAAAGUGGGUCUUUCUCAGUGAGGAGAUGUGAUAGACCCAGUCGUCCACAAGGUUAUACUCAUCGGUCAGGGGAUGGGAACACACAGAAGUCGUCUCAUACCAGUCUACGUCCAGUAGCCGAGGGCACCCAGUUCCAGUCUGGGUCUCAAAUCAGGAGAGGACCUGACAAACCCAGACAUCAAGAACGUAGUUCAGGGACGCUCCCUGGACCCUGCCAGCAGAGAGUUCCUCUCAAAAAUACUCAACUGACCCAGUCAGUAAACACAAAUGAGAAGCAAACUGGAAAAAGCAAAGAUAAACUCCAAAAGGAAUUCCCUGCAAGAGGCCCUCCUCAUCCGUCAAGUGGUGGUGGACCUCAGCGACGUUCUGAGAGCAGACGCUCUCAAGCAGCAGAAGCAGUAAACCUCCAAUCACAAAGAAAAACUCAGCUGCAUAGUAGAAGGCAGUACACAACAGUCAGUCACCCACAAGGUGAGCAUCGUGGGAAGAAACCCACAAUAGCCGACUUUCGAAACACCCAGGACAGUUUGGCCCGGUCGUUCGGAAGAGGUGCUGGAGCACGUGGAAGAGCACAAAAAAGUAUAAACCACUUCAAUAGACAAUUCCCUUUCGAAAAACCUGCAGGAUUUGUAGCGCAUGGCAAAUUUCACAGUACUACAUGGAAUCACCAAUCAAGGCAAUGGAGAACCCAGACAAAUGACAUUCAGUUGAAGUCUUCAUACAGGACAGACAAUCAGCAAAACUGGUCUUACAUUUAUAGACCUUUAAAGGAUAGCUUGACUGAAACUGAUUUUGAUUUUAGUUUAUAUUGCAAAAAUCAGCUAGACUUACAUGCACUUGAGAAAAUUGAAAAACUGGGGGCAACUGAAAUACUCAUGAAUUUAGUAGCUCCUGGAAGUGGCUUUAAGGAGCUCCUUAAUAAGGAGGAUAAUUCCAGCACUCUGACAACUGUCAUUUUUGAUAUCGUAAACAAAGCAUGCAGCAGUCAGAUAUACAAGGAGAAUAUACGGUAUCUUCUUAUGACCAUGAAAGAUUCCUUGUUUUUAACGAGGACUCUGCCUAAGUUUGUGAUGGAUUUGGGGAGAGAAGAUGAGCAUAUCAAGAGAGAACAAAGCAUUUCUAAACUGGACCAAAUCGUGGCCUUUUAUUUGCUCUUACUUGAAGAGUUUCCCUGCAGGGUCAAUGAUGUCUCCCUUUGUGCAGCUCUCCUACAAAAUGAAUAUCAACAUCUACAUUCUAAAGGGCUCAUUAUUUCAGAGGAAUCAAAUGAUCGUCUAAAGAAACUUCUAAAGGUGAUUGCAUAUUUGAAAGAAAAAAAUCCUGAAGGCAUUAUAAAGUCAGAUGGUCAUACCUUUGAAAAAAUUGACCAGCACGAUUCAGAUGUUGGGAACUGGAGAUCAAUGUCAAUUUUGCCAACCUGUAAGGAGGUAACCAUGACUCAGAGUUCAUCAGUUAGUGGGAAGUUUAAAGACAGCAAGACCUACCUGGAUUCACUCUUUCACCUCCUUAGAGAGAGCUUUGUGAAGCCACUUAGAGACAGGAUCACCCGCCUUCUUAAGUAUGAUAAGAAGGGUUGUUGCCAAGGGAGAGUUGACUCAUCUUUAUGCAGUCAUGUUUAUUUUGAUGUCCACAUCGCUUCUCCAAUUUACACAAGCAAAGGAAUCAUGUAUAAAGUUCGGUUUGACCCCAAAAACUUACAACUAGUCAACCUGGAGAGUUCAAAGGAACUAAUGUAUGGAACACUGUUGUGCUUCUCAAAGGAUGGUUUUGACACAAUAAUUUUUGCUACCAUCUGUAGUCAGGCCAUGAAUGAAUUGACUCAGGGUAUUUUGACACUCUGUUUUCCUGAAGAAAGCAGAGCAGGAAUGGUAGACAUCACUCCAUUGGAUGUGUUUACAAUGGUUGAUGCUACUGUGGUUUUUGAGGAUUACAGGCCUCUUCUCGAAAGUCUUCAGGAAGUGGAAGAACAAAUCCUACCAAUGCAGAAAUACAUUGUGAGCUGCGAGACGGACAUCUCAACACCGAAAUAUCUGCUGAAUCACCUGCAACACUAUAGUCUUCAAGCAUUGAUCAGUGAUAGCCCAGUCAAAGGAGAAGUUUCUGGUUUUGGACGGGAAGGAAUUAAUGAAAAUGGGGGACAAGAGUACAGAAAGAAUGCCCUGAGUCAAAAGCACUUUCAGAGCAUUUUAAAUUUCAGUGAGUGGCCAAGGAAGGAGGAGAUGAAUUUGGAUGACUCCCAACUGAAAGCUGUGCAGUUAGCCUUAACAAAGGAGUUGGCUGUCAUUGAAGGUCAAGCAGGAACAGGGAAAACUUAUGUCGGCCUCAAAAUUGUCAGAGCUUUCCUGGAUAAUUCCCAUCAUUGGGGCACAGGAUCAGAAAGUCUUGUUCUGGUGCUUUGCCACACAGACUAUACUUUGGAUAAGUUCUUGGAAGGAGUACUUCAGUUUUUGCCAGGUGCUUCUGGACUUGUCAGGGUUGGAGGGCAAAGCUCCAGCGGCAGUCUGAAGAGCGUCUCUCUGGAGAAUCAGAGGAGGGAGAUUCCCUUUAGAAAGAGCUUACCUGUGCACCUGAGAUUAAUGCAUAAGCAGCUGUAUGUUGAGAAAAGGAUCACGGAGGAAGAACUUAGGAAAGCUGCUUAUUUGUUGGAAUGUUCUUCAAAAGGAAUCGUCCAUGAGACGGUGCUGACUAAGUAUAUCGUUGCUCUUCAUGGAAUAAGCCUAGGGAAUGUAGAGCCUGGUGGUCCAUAUUCUCCCCAUGAAACGAAAAGCCAGUCAAUUAUGAUGGAAUGGCUUGGAGUCUCUAUACUGAGAAGUUCUUCAAGGCAAGGGGACACUGAUGACUUUGGGGAUGAAGACCUUAAGGUGGCUGGGCCAGGGGACAAUGAAAUGGACCCGGCAUUCAGUACCACCACAGAGACAGCAGAGGAUGACACAGUGGACGCCUACAGUGACAGUGCAGGGGAGUCCUUGAGCGUGACAUCCGGUAGCAGCGAGACAGAGGACCGGCCUGAGAGUGAAGAGGAGGUGGUUCUCAGUCGGCCCUCUAGUGGCAUGGAGGAACAAGAUGAGCAGGAAGCAGACACACUGGAGCAGGAGACACUGGAAGACACUGGUUGGGCAGACUUCAGUGAAAUUGACCCAGAGUGUAUGUAUUUAUCUGAUGAUGAAGAGGAUUACAGUCACUGUGGCAGUGGUACAGAGGACUGUGACGUAGCUAUCAGCAGCGAUCAGGACCUAGGCUUCCCUGCGAGUUUUGCGGCAAGAGUCUCCAAGCGCUUCUCCCCUGUGGAGCCCCUGAAGGAUGGCGCUGGAGAACCACAGUCUGUGGAAGGAGAUGAGUUUGGCCAUGUUGAGACGGCUGACACCCAGGAAGGCAUCCAGAGCACUUGGAGGGGCCUGACUGAUGCCUGUGGUACGGAUCUUGCCUAUGUGCUAAGUGAUCGUGUGGAAGAGGAAACAACGUGCACUGGUGGAGUGGAUAUGAGUAGUGACAUAAAGAGGAACCUAGAAAUGGUUGUAAGGCAAGAGCUGCAGGAAGUGGAGCACAUGCUGGAGGUAGAUGCCAGGCAAAUUUGCGACCUCUGGACCCUGACAUACAAGCAGCGAUGGCACCUUUACAGGCUUUGGCUCUCCAUGUACCAGAAAGAUCUAACAGCCACGAUUCUAGAGUUGGAGACUGAGCGCCAAGCAGUGGUUAAGCGGGCGGUCGAGCUCAGCUGGCUGGAGGACAGAAUCAUCUUAAAACGCGCUCGGCUUAUCGGAAUGACAGCUGCAAGUGCUGUGCAUCACUGGAGGGUUCUGCGGGAAAUCCAGCCCAGGGUGGUCCUGGUGGAGGAGGCCGCCGAAGUUGGAGAGGCCCAGAUAGUGACCUCCGUGACCUCUGCCUGCCAGCACCUUGUGCUGAUCGGAGAGCAGCGGCAGUCUUGCUCCCGGCCAUCAGAAAACAAGCAAACUUUGAAUGUGGGUUUGUCCUUGUAUGAACGGCUAAUUCUGACAGAUGUUCCUUUUGUUCGUCUCAAGCAGCAGCAUCGCAUGCAUCCAGGUAUUUCCCAGGUGUUAAUGCCACACUUGUUUGACGGGCUAGAGAACCACAAUGCAGUCAAUGAAAAAAUAAAGGGCGUCACUACAAAUAUCUUCUUUGUAUACCACAAGCACCUUGAUGAAAUUACGAACGAUGGCCAGAGCCACCAGAACGUUCACGAGGCAACGUUUGUGACGUCAUUUUGCCGUCACUUGAUUUACCAGGGUUAUGAGACUUCCCAGAUUACCGUUCUCACACCAUAUACUGGACAGCUCAUUCUCUUGAUGAAGACCAUGCAGAAAAGCGCGCUUCAAGGUGUGAAUGUUUGUUUGGUAGACAAAUACCAAGGGAGGGAAAAUGACAUCAUAUUACUGUCAUUAGUCAGAAGUAGUCUGGAUGGGAAAGCAAUCAACAUGACAAACCCCAAGUACAUUUCAAUUGCUCUUUCAAGAGCAAAGAUAGGCUUGUAUUGUUUUGGAAACAUGGCAAUAUAUUCAGCAGUCCCAUUGUGGAGCAAAAUAUUGAAUGUCGCCAGCAGCUAUGGGCUGACCGGUGAGGCUCUAAGCCUGCAGUGUGAAAACCAUCCUGGUACCAUCACUACUGUAGCAAAAGCAGAUGACUUUCUCAUGGUACCCUUGGGAGGAUGUUCCCAGCCCUGUGGCUACAGGCUUCUCUGCAGUCACAUCUGCACUGAGCCGUGCCAUCCAAAAAACACACACCACACGUGUGCUUACAGUUGCUCUGCGGAAGGUGUCCCUUGUCAGCAGUUGACCCCAGAGAACCUGUCUGCAUCGGCCCCUGAAGAUAAAGACCAUGACAAAUUUAUACACCGCGUUCCUUGUGACAGGCGGUUACCUUGUUGUGGUCACCUAUGUGACAGAGUGCGUGGUGAACUUUGCACUUCUAAAUGUUUCAAGACCGUAAUGGUAGAUUUAAAGUGUGGACACCAGAGGUCGGUGCCGUGCCACAUGAAACUGGAGAGGGAGAUUAGAGGAGAAGUGAUUCCGUGUACCUCCCGGUGUGAGGUGCAGAUGAUCUGCUCGCACCAGUGUAGUGGGAGGUGUGGGGAAGAUUGCGUUCCUUGUUCAAAGCCUUGCGCAAACCGAUGUUACCACCAGAAGUGUGCGAGGUUAUGCUUGGAGGUCUGCCAGCCCUGCUUAAACAGCUGCGGCUGGCACUGCAGACAUCAUAACUGCACAAAGUUGUGUCACGAGCCCUGUGACCGGCCGGCGUGUCACAUGCCCUGCCGUAAGCUGCUGAAGUGCCAGCACCCGUGCAUUGGGAUGUGCGGAGAGCCGUGUCCCAGGAAGUGUGGCAUCUGCGACGUGGACGAAGUGCAGGAGCUCUUUUUCGGCAGUGAGGCUGACCCGGGAGCCCGAUUUGUGCAGCUUGUCGAUUGCGGUCACCUGUUUGAAGUCACAGCGUUUGACUCAUGGAUGGCACUCCCAGAAGAGAGUAGGGUUCUUACUUUUAAGUCUUGUCCCAAAUGCCACACUCCCAUUCACAGAAAUCUAAGAUAUAACUGUAUCAUCAAACGCAAGCUACAAGACCUGGAAAUGGUGAAGCGAAAGGCCACAGCAAUGCUCUCAGCUCAAAUUCUAAACACGGUGAAGGCAAUGGAGAAGAAAGGGAUCAUGUCCAUUUUCAUCCAUCCUCUGUUGCCCAAGUUGAAUGGUCUUGACUUGGACGUUGGAAAAUGUUGGCUUAUCAGCAAGCAGAUUGGCCUGGUCUUCCAGUUAGCCGAAAUUGAAAACAAAAUGCAACAGAGCGUGCCAGACCAUCUGCCCAAAAUCAAGUAUCAGCUCGACAUGCUUAGUGAACAGAUCAGCCAGAUAGAAGAGAAACUGCUGCCUGACUAUGAAAAAGAAGUGAAAAGGAUUCUGUACCUGGCGGAAAGUCACAUGUUGUCUAGAAGAUAUGAGAAAAUGGCAUAUUUUGCUCUGACAGCCUCAAGAGACUCUACCGAGUUGGGAGUAAUCAUCAGCAAACUAAGCAUGAUGCACCUAAAGGAACAACAGGUCCAAAAGCUGGGAAAAGAUCUUAGCGACAUCGCAGACAAACUCAAAAUACCACUGAAUGGGAAUUUCUUAGAGGAAACCAGUAAAAUAGCCACUGAAUUUGGUUUUCUAAAGCUGAGUAACUGGAGUAAGUGCAGUCAUGGUCAUGUCUACUAUAAUCAGAGUAUAGGUGAUGUGGCUGAAGCAGGAAGAUGCGAUGAGUGUUUCAAGAUGUGAGCGAAGAACAUGCAAAUGUAUCAUCUGCAUCGUCAGAUUGACAAUACCGAUGGCCUGAAGGAAUCUGUAAAUAUUUUAUAACCAGAACUAACUUUUUGCAAUAUCAAGCAAAGGAAAUGAAUCCAAUGAUUUGGACUGCUGAUCAUAUUGCCAGAUUUAUUUGCUUAUUUCACAACCUUAUCCAGCACUACCACUAUAUACCGUGUAUCAUUUGCAGGUACACGUGCACCACACAAUUUAAUAAAUGGCUAUUUGAACUUAUACAGCUUAAUUAUUAGUAUUAGUACCAUCUGUCUGUACACCUUCCAUAUCCGCUUAUCCUGUACAGGGCCGAUUAUCAAGCUGCACGAUAUUAUUCAUAUACCUUUUAUUUCAGCUUUAAUCUUUUUUAUUUUUAUUUUGAAAAUGUUAUAAAAUUCAAAUGUGUUUAGUAACAUAUUGAGUGAAUCUUAAAAUAAACGUGGUUUAAUUCAAAA